CAGUCAAUACGUCGCCGACACGACGUUUCGCAAUAGGUCCAAAGCUCGCUCGCCGACAACAUGAGACGUUUCGCGUCUUUCCUCGCUCUUUUCGCCAUGGUGGUGUUGGCUAGUGGUGACAUGGAGCAGAUGAAGGAGGCUUUUAAAAGCUGCAAAGCCGAAGUUGGAAUAGCAGAAGACACUCAGAUGAAGGACAUUCCAAGCUCGAAAGUGGGUUGUCUCCACGCGUGCGUUAUGAAAAAAUUUGACAACAUGAAAGAUGGAAAAGUUGUGGUGGAAAAUAUAUUGCAGCGUGCUGAGAAGAAGAUGAAUCCUCUGCCGGAAGAAAUGAAAGAGAAGCUCACGAAAUGCGCCGAUGAUGCUAACGGAAAAGGCGACGAGUGUGAGGUUGCCAGCUACAUGCACGAAUGCUGGUGGGACUCGAUGAAGAGCAUGGGACCCCCAAAAGGACCUUCUAAUUAGGCGCCCGCUCCAACGUCGAAGCGUCAAGAAUAUUUUUCCAUAUCAAGCUCGAGCGUACAAUAACGCGAGCGAACUCGGCAAUGUAUAAGCGUUGAAAAAUAAAACGAUAUCUCAAAGGUAAAACCUCUGA